AAUACGGAAGUGCUGGUCGUGAAACAGUUGGGUUGCCCAUAUGUAGCCGGUGGCGGAUUGUUUCAGGAAUAUAAACACAGAACUCCGUCAAAAACGUUCAACAGACCGUCAAAAUUAGAAAUGUCAGUUUUCCCUCAGCUUGCCCUGAAGCCAGAAGUGCGAGAGCAUCUUCACAGUGUUUAUACACACAACCAGGUUUACACUUUAAUUCUAAUACUUCUUUCUGUAGUAAUAAAAACAGUUUGUUUAUAUGAUCUUGUGUGUGUGUGUGUGUGUGUGUGUGAGGUCGGUAAAGAGGAAGCGGCGCGGGCGUUCGAGGCUCUUCUCUCAUGUCUCUCUCAUCCGCCCAUGUUCACCUGUGUGAGGGUCAGCACACACCUGCACACGCUGACGGAUAUUCAACACAAACUCCAGCAACACGUCACUCAGCAGAUUUCAUGUCGUGAUGGCAGUGGUUCUCCUGCGGUCAUUCACACUCAUCCUCAUCUGCCAGAUGUUCUGUUGGUUCCAGUUCACGGUCCUCGGUGUGUAGAUUUGCAGGGUUCAGAGGUGAUUGUUGGUGCUCAGUGUGGUAGUGCUGUCCUCAGAGGUGCUCAUGUCUUCACACCCGGUGUCCUCAGCACCCCAAAAUUCCUGAAGGCGGGUGACGUGGUGUCUGUGUUUUCUGACAUCGAGGGCAAGUGCACACGUGGAGCUAAAGAAUUCCAGGGGAAGAAGGUGUUUCUGGGUAAUGGAGUUUCUGAGGUGCACCGCUCAGAUGUAUUCUGCUCAGAAGGACCGGCCCGAGGUGUCGCCAUCAGAAUGACAGAGCCUCUUUAUCAAAGUCCUUCGUUUGAUGGAGUUUUAACAGAAGAUGUUUUCCUUCAGAAUCUGCCGUCGGUGGUGGUGGGUCAUGUUUUAGGACCUCGACCCGGUGAACGAAUCCUCGACAUGUGUGCCGCUCCCGGAGGGAAAACCACACACAUCGCUUCUCUUAUGAGAAACCAGGGAACUGUAGUGGCUUUGGAAAAGAUCAAAUCCAAGACGGAGAAGAUCAUUCAGAACGCAAAGACUCUAAAGUUGGAUUGUAUUGAAGCGUAUUGUUGUGACAGCACACAGGCUGUGAGCCCUCACCCCACACGCGACUGUGACGCAGAUGGUCCCCCGUUCCCCGAGGAGAGUUUUGACCGGAUAUUGUUAGACGCUCCCUGCAGUGGUUUGGGUCAAAGGCCCAACAUGAGCUGCAGCUGGAGUCUGAAAGAAGUCCGUUCAUAUCAACCACUGCAGAGGAAACUCUUCACAGCGGCCGUGCGGUUGUUAAAGAAAGGAGGAGUUUUGGUGUACAGCACCUGUACUGUGACGCUUGCUGAGAAUGAAGAACAGGUGUCCUGGGCUCUCAAAACAUUCCCACGUUUAACACUGGAACCACAGGUGCCUCAUUUGGGCUCGGAGGGCAUGCACGGGGCGGGCCUGUCACAUGAUCAUCGACGGCUGCUGCAGAGGUUUCGUCCGGAGUUAUUAUGGGCUGGAGCAAAUCGCAUACAUUCCUCUGAGAGUCUUCAUCAUCGUGCCAACAACGACACCAUUGGGUUUUUCAUUGCCAAAUUCGUCAAGAGAUAGUUCAAGUACAUCAAACACAUGAGAGGAGAGAUCACACCUGUGGUCUUCCGUUGCCGUGACGACAGCCGGCACGCGCUGAUCAUAUAUGUGCGCGUGCAUUCCUCGCAGGUGCAGAACAGUGUGAUACACGAUCAACAUGUUUUAUCGGCCCCUCUGGUUUUUCAGAAGUGUCUAUAUGUUUUCGUGCAUUAGACUUUUAAUUCAUUUUAACACAGUAAAUAAAAUCUGAUGAUCUGCUGGAAGCCUGAAUAUUUUUUAUACGAUGGAUAAUGGUUCAUCUUAACAACAUAAACAAACGUUACUGCGCAUGCGCACUUUUGUGACCCCCCCCAACUGAACUUCCGGUACACAUUCACAAACAAUAGAGUGCCUGUAGAUUAUUUCUGAUAACAAGCAAAAGAAACCGAGAAGAUCGUUACUUGGCUAAACUUGAUUCUCCGAUAUUUUGAAUUUAGACUGCGAUACCAAGCUCAACCGCUAGAUGUCAGUGUACAUACGGUUUCUUUAAAUGCGACCGAACUACAGGACCCAUUUAAGAAAUCGUUCACAACAAAAUUCAACAAAUAGUUUAUUUAAUACACUUAUUAUACAAUAAAAUAAUAAUACAAAUUAAUAUGAACAUAAAUUAAAUAUAAAUAGUUAUAUUUAUUAGACGCUAGCCAAACACAAACCGGAAGUUAACUGGGGGUCAGGCGCGCGCGCGUCCGAUGAAACGGUCUAUGAAGUAUUUCAUGGUUUAUAAUAAUUACACAAGAAAAGGCAUUUUGUUUAUUUUUUAUCAUAAUCCAUUUUCUUUAUAUUUUUUGUAUGUUUGUGUUGUAGUCUGCCGUUUAGUUUGGUCAGUUGAGUGACUUUAUUUCUGGUGUUCUUUGCUCUUGUUCUCAUGUGCCGCUCUGUGUUCAUCUUGAAUGUUUGUUUUGGCAUACAGUCAGUGACGUCAAUGCAAUCUUUCAUCACAUACAAGUUCACAACUAAAAUAUGUAGUAGGGUUUUUGGAUUGAUUGAAAUCUUGUAUAAAGAUACACAACCGUUCAAAAGUGUAGGGUCACUUGACUGAAAUGUUUUUUUUACAAACCUUUUCAGCCGAGGCUGUAGCCUAUAUCUGAACGUUUUAAAUCAUUUAUUUGGAGAUAAAUAUAUUUUGUGUCAAAGU